UGGGCUUUACGUAUGUGGGUGAGUUCUCCUUAAGAAAAAAUUCUAAAAAAGACAUUAAGGUUUUCGGUGGCUGGUGUAUAUUUGUGUCUAAUACGCAAUAAAAAUUGUAUAUGGUUCAAAGGUAAUUCAUCAUGCCUCAAAAUGAAUAUAUGGAACGACACCUUAAACUUUAUGGUAGGCGAUUAGAUUAUGAAGAAAGGAAGAGAAAGAAAGAAGCUCGACUACCCAAGGAAAGGGCACGAAAGGCACAGAAGUUGCGUGGAAUUAAAGCGAAACUGUUCAAUAAAGAACGUCGACAUGAGAAAAUACAAGUUUCUAAGAAAAUAAAAACGCAUCAAGAAAAUAAGUGUAAAAAAGAGGCUGCAAAGAAUGAAGAAGGUGCCCUUCCACACUAUUUAUUGGACAGAGGCCAACGCGCUAAUGCCAAAGUACUGUCCAAUAUGAUCAAGCAAAAGAGAAAGGAAAAAGCUGGUAAAUGGGACGUACCGCUUCCAAAGGUACGGGCCCAAUCAGAUGCGGAAGUAUUCAAAGAGUUGAAAACUGGCAAAACGAAAAGAAAAUCAUGGAAACGUAUGGUAACAAAAGUAACAUUUGUUGGAGAAAAUUUUACAAGAAAACCUCCAAAAUUUGAAAGAUUUAUAAGGCCAAUGGGUUUAAGAAUGAAUAAGGCUCAUGUAACCCAUCCAGAACUCAAGACCACAUUUUAUCUUCCUGUUAUUGGCGUUAAGAAAAAUCCUAGCUCACCUAUGUUAACAUCGUUAGGAGUUAUUACAAAAGGAACCGUGAUCGAAAUAAAUAUUUCAGAUUUAGGACUUGUUACUCAAUCUGGGAAAGUUGUUUGGGGAAAAUAUGCACAAGUAACAAACAAUCCAGAAAACGAUGGUGUUAUCAAUGCCGUAUUACUCGUAUAAAUUUAUUUACCUAAAAUACCUAUAUUGUGUUAAUAAUUUAAUAAACAAGAUGAUAAAUUGACUUCAUUAAAUUAAAUAUACCUUUUAUUUUAGAAGUAAAAUAAUUUUUUAGAUCAUUUAUUUUAUUUUUUUUCACUAGGUUUGUAAGAUUGUUCAGCAAUGCAAAUUUUCGUAAAAACCCUUACGGGCAAGACCAUCACUCUUGAGGUUGAACCUUCGGAUACUAUUGAACAUGUUAAGGCCAAAAUUCAAGAUAAGGAAGGUAUUCCGCCAGAUCAACAGCGUCUAAUUUUUGCCGGAAAACAGUUGGAGGAUGGUCGCACAUUGGCUGACUAUAAUAUUCAGAAAGAGUCUACGUUACAUUUAGUCCUUCGUCUUAGAGGUGGCGCAAAGAAACGUAAGAAGAAAAACUACUCGACUCCGAAAAAAAUUAAACACAAAAGAAAGAAGGUUAAGUUAGCGGUUUUGAAAUAUUACAAGGUCGAUGAAAACGGAAAGAUACAUCGCCUACGUCGGGAAUGCCCGGGUGAAAACUGUGGAGCUGGUGUUUUCAUGGCAGCUCAUGAAGAUCGCCAUUACUGCGGAAAAUGCCAAUUAACAUUCGUAUUUUCAAAACCAGAAGAUAAAUAAACUAUUCUAACAAGUUUGUUAAACCAAUA